CUCCAGAGAAGAGACAGAGAGUUCCGUCUGCUUACAACCGCUUCAUCAAGGAUGAGAUUCAACGUAUCAAAGCUGGGAAUCCUGAUAUAAGCCACAGAGAGGCCUUUAGUGCAGCUGCAAAGAAUUGGGCCCAUUUUCCACAUAUUCAUUUCGGACUUAUGCCUGAUCAUCAACCCGUGAAGAAAGCUAAUGUUCGUCAGGAGGGAGAGGACGUGCUUAUCAAAGAUGGGUUUUUUGCACCAGCUAAUGUAGGUGUCUCUCCCUACUAG